UUUGGAAGCUCCGGGAAGCAAUCAUGCACACACCUCACCUCACCAAACAAAUCUAUGCGCCGUGGCGUACCGCACGCCAAUUACAGCCUUCCAUUUUACAUCACAGAAACCUUUCCCGCGGCCCCUUUCCAUUCCCAUUUCCCUCCUCUUGCUCCCGGCUCUCCGCCUCUCGCCGGCCCUCCAUAUCUUACCUCAACUUCUCCAGUCAAUGCUCUCUCAAUUUCCUAGGGUUUCCUUCACCCUUUCUACUUCAACAUCGUUUCCACUAAUCGAUUAAUAUAGGAUUCGAGCGCAGGAUCCAUGAGCGUGAUCGGAUUCGACGUUGGCAACGACAACUGCGUGAUCGCUGUCGUAAAGCAGAGAGGCAUCGACGUGCUUCUCAACGAUGAGUCCAAGCGCGAGACUCCAGCUGUGGUCUCCUUCGGCGAGAAGCAGCGGUUUAUAGGCUCGGCCGGUGCUGCAUCUGCCGCCAUGCACACGAAGUCCACCAUCUCUCAGAUCAAGCGACUCAUCGGCCGGGGAUUCCUCCAGCCAGACGUUCAGGAGGACCUUCGCCGCCUACCGUUCGUUACAUCGGAGAGUGUUGAUGGUGGGAUCUUAAUCCAUAUUCGGUACAUGAACGAGGAGCGAACCUUCACGCCGGUGCAGAUCCUCGGGAUGCUUCUCUCCCAUCUGAAGCAGACCGUGGAGAAGAAUCUUCAGAGCUCGGUGACUGACUGUGUUAUUGGGAUUCCUUCUUACUUCACCGAUUCUCAAAGGAGAGCUUAUUUGAAUGCGGCGGCUAUUGCUGGUCUGAAACCACUUAUGUUGAUGCACGACACGACGGCUAUUGCUUUGGGAUACGGUAUAUACAAGGCAGAUUUCCCUGGUCUCAUAGAGCCAAUCAAUGUGUCUUUUAUUGAUAUCGGCCAUUGUGACACUCAGGUUUCAGUGGUGGCAUUUGAGGCUGGGCAAAUGAGAGUACUCUCUCACGCAUCAGAUCCGAAUUUAGGUGGCAGGGAUUUCGAUGAGGUGCUGUUUAGGUACUUUGCGGAGCAGUUCAAGGAACAGUAUAGUGUAGACGUGUAUUGUAAUGCUCGGGCUUGCAUUAGGUUAAGGAGUGCUUGUGAGAAACUGAAGAAGGUUCUGAGUGCGAAUGCUGAGGCCCCAUUAAGUAUAGAGUGCUUGAUGGAGGAAAAAGAUGUGAAGGGUUUCAUUAAAAGGGAAGAGUUCGAGAGGCUAUCAUCAAGUUUGCUCGAUAGGGUUUUGGAGCCAUGCAAGAAGGCCGUGUUUGAAUCUGGGUUGCAAGUGGAUAGAAUACAGACGGUAGAGCUUGUUGGCUCAGGGUCAAGGAUUCCAGCAAUAUCAAGAAUUUUGUCUGGAUUUUUCAGGAGAGAGCCGGGUAGAUCACUUAAUGCCAGUGAAUGUGUAGCCCGUGGGUGUGCACUUCAGUGUGCUAUGCUCAGUCCUAUAUUCAGGGUUAGAGACUAUGAGGUACAAGAUUCAUUUCCUUUUUCGAUAGGCUUUUGUUCGGAGGAUGGUCCUAUUUCUACAUUGUCAAGCAACCUAUUAUUUCACAAAGGACAGUAUUUUCCAAGUGUUAAAAUGCUUACAUUUCAUCAUCCCCAUUUAUUUCAUCUGGAAGCUUUUUAUGCUGAUCAAAAUGAAUUGCCAGCUGGCACGUCAGUUAAAAUAAGCUGUUUCAAGAUUGGGCCUUUCCAAGCUUCUCAAAGUGAUAAAACCAAAUUGAAAGUCAAGCUUAGGCUAAAUCUGCAUGGAAUUGUUUUUGUAGAAUCAGCAACAUUGAUUGACGAUGAGAUGACUCUUCCGAGGGGCACAAGCCAGACAGAUUUGGAUAAUUCAGAACCUGAAACAACUACAGGAGUUUCUACUGAGAAUGGAGCGGUUGCAACGUCUAAUCACCACGAUAGAACGAGCAACAAUAGACGUUCAAGAAGGCACGAAGUUCCAGUCUCUGAAGCCAUUGAUGGUGGUAUGAGUAAAGCUGAUAUAGCGGAAGCUCAAAAGCUAGAAAAGCUGCUAAGUUAUCAGGACAAAGUUAUGGAACAAACUAAGGAUAAAAAGAAUGCGUUGGAAGCUUAUGUAUAUGAUGUUCGCAAUAAGCUUUUUGAGACUUAUAGAAGAUUUACAACUGAUAAAGAGAAGGAAGACAUCUCGGGUAUUCUACAGCAAACUGAAGAGUGGCUUUAUGAGGAUGGUGUCGAUGAAACUGAAAAGGUCUACACGGCCAAGCUUGAUGAAUUAACAAAGUUGGUUGAUCCUAUUGAGAACAGAUACAAAGAUGAGGAAGCUAGAGCUCAAGCGGCCAGAGGUCUUUUGAAUCGCAUUGCUGAGCACAGAAUGGCCGUAAAAUCACUUGUUGGAUGUGAACGCGACGAGAUCAUAAAUGAAUGUAAUAAAGCCGAGCAAUGGCUUAGGGAGAAAUCUCAGCUACAAGAUGAACUGCCCGAGAAUGUUGAUCCUAUCCUAUGGUCCCAUGAAAUUAGUAGAGCAACAGAAGCCUUGGACAAAAACUGCAGAGAUAUCCUGCGAAGAUCUAAAGAUUCUCCAUGUAGACCGGAGGAUGAGAGGGCCUCUGACCACUCAGGUUGACCUGACAAGCAUGCAGGUACAGCUUUAAACACUGUUAUAGAGAUACAUGCACGUUAAGAGCAUCUAAUGAUUUAUCAGAGGACGCAUAAUACUAAAAAUUUGCAUUUUGGUAAAAUUUAUUUCCAUGCAUUCUUUUUUUGAGUUAUCAAAUUCGCGUAUUUACACGAGCCAUGUUCAAAUUGCUGGGAACAUAAGCAAAAAAUAUGUGCUGGAGUUUUAUCUUGAAUUUUGUUGUUUGGUUGGUAGUUUUAAA